GCGCGGGGCCGUGGCCGUGGAGACCCUCGUGGACCUGCUGCUGUGCGUGCACCACGAGCUCAGCACCUCGCCCCUGGCCCAGGAGAAGUACAUCAUGGAGUUCCUGCAGUGGGCGGAGCCGGUGACAAACAGGCUGAAAGAACUCCGGCUGCAGCGAGAAGACUUUGAGAUCUUGAAAGUGAUUGGCCGAGGAGCCUUCAGCGAGGUGGCAGUGGUGAAGCAGAAGAGGACGUCCCAGGUGUACGCCAUGAAAAUCAUGAAUAAAUGGGACAUGUUGAAGCGAGGCGAGGUUUCCUGUUUCCGGGAGGAGCGAGACGUCUUGGUGAAUGGAGACAAGCGCUGGAUCACGCAGCUGCAUUUUGCUUUCCAGGACGAGAAUUACCUGUAUCUGGUGAUGGACUAUUACGUCGGGGGCGACCUCUUGACACUGCUGAGCAAAUUCGGUGACCGCAUCCCGAUGGAGAUGGCUCGCUUCUACUUGGCCGAGAUGGUGAUGGCCAUCGACUCCAUACACCGCAUGGGUUACGUGCACAGAGACAUCAAACCGGACAACAUCCUCCUCGACCGAUGCGGACACAUCCGGCUGGGCGACUUUGGCUCCUGCCUCAAGCUCCGCGAAGACGGGACGGUCUGCUCGACGGUGGCGGUGGGCACGCCCGAUUACCUGUCCCCCGAGAUCUUGCAAGCGGUGGAGGACGGGGCUCAUUCGUACGGCACGGAGUGCGACUGGUGGUCCCUGGGCGUCUUCGCUUACGAGAUGUUUUUCGGCCACACGCCUUUCUUCGCUGACUCCGUGGUGGAGACCUACGGCAAGAUCAUCCAUUUCAAAGAGCAUUUCCAGUUCCCUCUGUCGGCGCCAGACGUCCCGCCAGAAGCUCAGGCCUUAAUCGAAGGGCUGAUCUGCCCCCGAGAGACCCGGCUGGGACGGAACGGCCUCCGGGACUUCCAGGAACACCCCUUCUUCGUAGGCGUGGACUGGGAGAGCUUGCGGGAUUGCACGCCGGCGUUCGUGCCCGAAUUUGCCAACGCCACCGACACCUGCAACUUUGACGUGGUGGAGGACUGUCUCACUGACAUGGUGAGCGGGGGAGGGGAGACCCUCUCGGAUGUGCUGGAGAGCUCGCCCCUGGGAAUCCACCUGCCCUUCGUGGGAUAUUCCUACACCUACACAGCAGUGAAACAGAAUGAGCCCGAGGAAAGAGGCCGCGGGGACAUCACCAUGGAGGUGGAUUGCACCAGGCGGGCCUCGUCGGGGGAGCAGAUACCCCAAGAGCCCCCCGAGGAGCUGGCGUGCAAACUGCCCGACGGACAGAAGUUGGAUCUUGCCACUUUCCUGGAGCUGCAGUCGGCGUUUGAGGAGGAGCUGAGGAGCCAGGAGACGCUGCGUCAAGAGCUCAGCGUGGUCAAGGUGGCCAACCAGACCUUCGCCAGCCAACUAAAGGAAGCCGAGAGCCGCAACGUUCAACUGGAAGCGCAAAUCAAACGCUUGGAGGAGCAGAUGGAAGGGAUGAAGACGAUGGGUGAGGAAGGCGGCACCAUGGCAUCUCGGCUCUGUGAAUACCCGCUUGUGGUACCUCUGUACCGGCACUUGCUGCUCUUUUCCAGGGUCCAUAGGCCCUGCAUUGUCAAGGUGGGAUACCUGCUCCUGUGCACUGGCGGAUUGGUACCGGAGGCCUCCAGCCGGAGCCCGGUGGACGUGGUUUGAAUGCUGCCGGGGGAGAGGGCAGCUGGGCGUGGCGGCCGCCUGCAGUUGCCUGGUGAACCCUUGCCGGGCGUUUGGGACACCUCCCGUUACCAGAGGCCUGUUACCCUGGAGGCCUCUUGGGCCCAGAGGCGUGAACGCCCAAGUCCCCGUGCCCCAGCCGCGAAGGGGACCCUUCCCACUCCUGCUGCAGCCUGCAGGGCUCAGCCUUGCCUCCGGCUUCUUGCCCAGCCAUUACUCAGGGCUCCCCUUUCCCGUCCCCCCGACAGCUCCUGCAGCUGCUUUCCCCGGCCUCCCCGGCAGCAGCCCCCCGCCUCAUACUAUUGGUAGCUACACGUGCUCUGAGGGAGGCUUUCCUCGAGGAGGUGAGCAACUAGAACAUCCAGCCCGACUCCAGGACCUUUCGGCCAUCCCCGCCCUCCUCUUGGCUUGUGCAGAGUGCGCCAGCUAGAGUCGAGGAAAACAUCUUGGAACCCUGCCUCCUAGCACCCUCAGACUCCGUGAGUCCUGACACCCUCCGUGUUUCACCCUUUAAAUCCCGCCUCUCUCAGGUGCCUUCCAGAACCACCCCUCCUUUCUACUUGACUUCCCUCCCCUACCCCAAGCUGGGAAGAAAACGCACCAGCUCUAACCCACGAUUCGCCAUGCACAUUGGACAGUGAAGGUGCCCGCUGCAGGGUCCCAGGCAACGCGUGAACAGGGCCUCCUUCAGGGCUGCACCUUGCCCCCAGUUGUUUUGUUGGAGGGCCGUUUCUGCUGCGGCAAAGAUCUCUACUUCCGCUCACCUCUGUUUCCGGCCAGCCAGGAGACUCCCCUAAAGACUUCUGCUCUGAUGACCUACGGCCUCUUUGCUCCAGGUGCCCCCAGGGAGUUUGAUAGAAUGGAGGCACGGCUGAUGGGCAAGGACAACUGCAAUCGCCACUGGACCUGAAUUCUGGCCUGCCCGUUGGAUCCCCAGGAACUGCAGCUUCCACAGGAGGAGGAGGAGAAGGGUGG